UGUUGGAAGAAAAGCGAAAUUAAUAAACUUGAGACGAAUUAAACGAAAAGGAGUAGAUCAUGAGCUGAUCGAUAGAGGCGACAAAACGCCUAAAAGAUCAGAAAAACAACUGAACUGAACUGACUUUUAUACGGGACCACUGGUAGUUUUUCGGGACCUUACUUUUAAACUAGGUUUUUGACUAUGACCAUACUUUUAAACUAUGACCAUACUUCAAAAAAAGUACCGUUAUAGCGUCUUCAUGUCCUCUCGUCUGAUUUACCUAGCACCUGUGGUUCAAUUCACUGCAAAAUUGCUGCAGCCUUUUCGGAUGUCACCAGUGACAGUGACUCCAAUGUGUUUACCACAGUAAUAGCAGAUUUUUAAUUGAAUUCAGCUAUUAAUGUUUGUGCAUGUUGCUAUUUUUAGAUGAUUACUAGAAUGGAAACCAUUUCUUGUAUGGUUUUUGGCUACAAAUUCCUCAUGUUUUUGUUGAUAUUUUUGUCUUCUUUGCUGAUACCCAAUAUUGGCGACAUCAUCGAAUUGAGUAUAAAUGGAGAAAUUGACGCGUUUCAGCCGCCAAUGAACCUAUCCGAUAGCAAUUAUUUCAUUCUGUUUGAAGGUUUCACCAAGUGGGAUUCUCAAUAUUUUGUUUUUAUCUCAAGAUAUGGCUAUCUCACUGAAAAAAUAUUUGCUUUUUUCCCAUUAUGGCCUUUAUUGUUAUCUUUUUCAAAUGUCGUUAUGGGCGAAUCACUUUUGCUGCUGUUAGUUUGGGGAACUAUUUUGAAUUUGUUGUUAGCUUGUACAAUUACACAUACACUGAUAUCAUUGGUGUCUGAAAUUUACCUUGAAUUAAAAAACAAGUAUAUAGUAAUUAUACCAUUUCUUCUUAAUCCCGCUGGAAUUUUCUUUCAUGUCUUUUAUUCUGAAAGUCUUUAUCUCUGCCUAGUCUUACUUGCAACAUUGAAGCUAAUAGAGGGAAAUGAUCUGUGUGCUGCACUAUUCUUUCAUUUAGCUUCUUGGACCAGGGCUAAUGGUAUUGUAAAUAGUGGAUUUUUUCUUUUCGCAAUUUUAGUCUUAACUUUGAAACGCCGAGCCUUAAGUAAUCUGUGCAAUUAUUUGAGACUGUCUGUGUAUGUUUUCAUAUCUGUUGUACCGUUUGCGUUGUUUCAAUGGUAUGCUUUUGUUAAGUUUUGCUCAAAAGCUGGAAAUAUUUCUAAGUCCAACUAUGACAUCGAAAUUUAUUUAAGAAAAAAUCAGCUGUUUGAGGAAGGUGUUUGGUGUAAAGAAAAAUUACCAGUUGUGUAUUCUUACAUUCAAGAAAAAUAUUGGAGAAAUGGUUUUCUGAGAUACUACACUUUAAAUAAUAUUCCCAACUUUUUUCUCGCAAUUCCACUGAUCUGUUUUGUUCCCUACAUCUUCUGGAUUCACAAGAAAUUGAUUACCAUUACUGCUAGAGCGCCAAUAUGGGCGGCGAAAAACAUGAGCCGCGUUGAUGCAAUCAAAUUUGCAGCUCUAGUUCAGUUAGCAUUUCUUUACGCUUUCUCUGUGCUGUUCAUGAAUAUACAAGUUAUGACGCGUUUCAUUUUUUCAUCAUGCCCGAUUGUUUAUCCCACGAUAUCAAAAAUAGUACUGGAUGACAUGAAAAUCGCCAAGUUCAACACGAAUGGUCUUAAUUUUAUCCAAGAUAUUUUUUCUAGUCGAUUUAGAAGCUUGCGUCUUAGGACCAAACUCAUGAUAAUAUGGUGCAUUUCCUAUAAUAUUCUUGGAUUGAUUCUACAUCCUAAUAGGCUUCCCUGGACUUAAUUUAAGAGUA